UUAAGACUAAAUAGAUUAUUAUUUAUAUAUUUUGAGAGAGAGGAGUUGAUUGGAUUGGGGGAAAAUAUGGGUUUAUGCAAGCUAGGUUGUGUGCCAUGGUUGCUAGGGAUUUUGUUCCUUAGUAGCCUUGAGCUGCUAUGCAUGGCAGAUGUCCAUUACUAUGACUUCAUUGUCCGAGAGUCCAACUUUACAAGGCUGUGCACCACAAAGUCGAUGUUGGUGGUGAAUGAUAGUUAUCCAGGCCCAGAAAUUCGGGUUCAUAGGGGAGACACCGUGUUUGUUAAUGUCCACAAUCAUGGAUCUUAUGGCUUUACCAUUCACUGGCACGGUGUGAAACAACCAAGAAAUCCAUGGUCCGAUGGCCCUGAGUUCGUGACGCAGUGCCCGAUUCAGCCAGGAACAAACUUCACUUACCAAGUGAUAUUGUCGGAUGAAAUAGGUACACUAUGGUGGCAUGCCCACAGUGACUGGACUCGUGGCUCCGUCCAUGGCGCCUUUGUUAUUCUACCAGCUCCGCACGAAACUUACCCAUUCCACCCGCCUGAUGCUGAUCAAACUAUCAUACUUGAAUCAUGGUACAAUGACGACUAUUUGGAACUUAUCCGGAAUUCAACUUUAGACGGCCAGGCUGUAGGAAUACCAAACGCUUACGCUAUUAAUGGGCAUUUAGGAGACACAUAUGAUUGCAAUGAUACAAUAUUCCGGAUGGAAGUUAAUUACCAGGACACGUACCUUCUCCGCAUAAUCAAUGCUGCAAUGAAUGAAGAGAAGUUCUUCUCCAUUGCAAACCACACCCUCAUAGUGGUUGCACAAGAUGCUUCCUACGUCACAAGGUUUGCAACCGACUACAUCAUGAUAACCCCUGGACAAACCAUGGAUGUUUUGGUCCAUGCUAACCAAAACAUUGGCCAGUAUUACAUGGUCAUGAGGAAUUUUCACGACAGCGCUGCUUCAUCUAACAAUAAUCUCACCACCGCUAUUUUCCAGUAUAAAAACAGCGUUGGUGGGCCCAGGAACAAUGCUUCCUUAGUAUCAUUGCCGGAACCUGACGAUUCAAACGCUACAAGUAGCUUUCUCAGCCGAAUUAGGAACUUAAGAGUGAGACAGAACCCACCACUGAGAGUGCCGAGAGCUAUCCAUAGACGAGUUUACAUCGCAAUCUCUACAAACUCCAUUCCUUGCACCAACGACUCAGUAUGUAUUACUGAAGAGAGAUUUGUUGCAGCUUUGAACAAUGUCAGCUUUGUGUUCCCAGUUAUCGACAUUCUCCAAGCAUACUACAAAAGGAGCAUCAAUGGUGUUUUCACCAAAGAUUUCCCCCUUGAACCACCUGAAUAUUAUAACUUCACUGGAGACUUGACUAUUCUAAAUCGCAACGUUACUAUGGGGACAAAGGUUGUUAUGCUGAACUAUGGCGAAGCAGUUGAGAUCGUUUUCCAAGCAACCCAGUUUGGUGCUGGUGGAAGUCAUCCAUUUCAUUUGCACGGUUUCAGUUUCUACCGGGUGGGGAGUGGUUCAGGAAAUUUCAAUAACGUGACUGACCCCAAGUCUUACAACCUGGUUGAUCCACCCCUCAUUAACACCGUGCAUGUUCCUGCUAGCGGCUGGGUUGCCCUUAGGUUUUUUGCAAACAAUCCUGGGGUUUGGUUUUCACACUGCCACUUCGAAAGGCAUAGUAGCUGGGGUAUGGACACGGUGUUCAUAGUGAAGAAUGGAGGCACCAAAGCCACAAGCAUCCGUCCGCCGCCAGCAUCCGGCAUGCCUGUCUGUUCUGGAGCCUAGAAGACUGGGUCAUUAAUAUCCAAAGAAGCAGAUUUUAUUUGGAUUUAAUUAUUACUGUCAAUAAGAUUAUUUGUCAUUAGGAAAUGUAGCCUUAUAUUCGAUUUCUUAACAAAAACAAAAUGGAUUUUUAGGGAUAGGUUAGAGGACUAUUCAAGGAAAACCUCCCUUCUCUAUCAUAAUAUCUAUGAUUAUUUAUUGAAGACAUCUUUAAUUUCUUUUUA